AUGCAUUCUUUUGUGUCGGAGCGGGAGACUCAUCCAGCGGGGCAUCGGUUUCGAUCUGCCCUGCAGAUGGAGGAGACCCCGGAGCACCACCACCAGCACCAGAACCACCAGCAUCAGCUCCAGCAGCACCAGCUCCAGGAGCAGCAGGACCAGCAGGAGAAGGAGCAGGAACAGGAACGGGCGCAGGAACAGCAGGAUCAGGAGAAGAAAGAUUAG